AGGGGAGGGAGGGAGAGCAAAGAUGGCGGCGGCGAGUUAGAAAGCGGCGGACGGAGCGGCAGCGGCGGGAGAGACGGCGGAGGGCGAGCGGCGUCGCGGGCGCCCGGGGGACGGCCAGAAAAUGGUGGAACCAGGACAGGAUCUGUUGCUUGCUGCUUUGAGUGAGAGUGGAAUCAGUCCAAAUGAUCUGUUUGACAUCGAUUCUACAGAUGUGGGUCUUGCAACUCCAGCUGUUCAGCAGUCAGUACCACUUAGUGCAUUAGAACUGGGCUUGGAGAAUGAAGCAGCAGUUGCUGUUAAAGCAGAACCACAGACUACGUCUUCUCCAACUGUAUUAAACAUCAGGCAACCACCGUCUACCACCACCUUUGUAUUAAAUCAGAUAAACCAGCUCCCAACUUUGGGGACGACAAUAGUAAUGACAAAGACCACACCCGUCACCACUACUAGGCAGACGAUCACCGUAGCCAAGAUUAUACAGAGUAGCACCACCACCCGGCCGUCAGUUGCUGCACCAACAGUACGGAAUGCUCUGACUACUGCAACCUCCAAGGACCAGAUCCAACUGAAAGAUCUACUAAAAAAUAAUAGUCUUAAUGAAUUGAUGAAGCUGAAGCCGCCUCCAAACAUUGCUCAGCCAGUUGCAACGGCUGCAAAAAUAAUUGUAGUGUCUCCAAAGGUGGUAAACACCACCAAACCAGCUGAUCUCAGCAAUGGAGCUGUGAAAAAGGAGGCCCCAACGAAAGAAGUAGCAAGAAUAUGGAUAAAUGAUCUAAAAAUGAGGAGCUUUUCUCCUACGUCGAAAGUGCCAGUAACAAAAGAAGAUGACGAACCUGAAGAGGAAGAUGAAGAAGAAAUGGGCCAUGCAGAGACAUAUGCAGAAUACAUGCCAAUAAAAUUAAAAAUUGGUCUACGCCAUCCUGAUCCAGUGGUAGAAACCAGCUCACUUUCCAGUGUUACCCCUCCAGAAGUUUGGUAUAAGUCCUCAAUUCCUGAAGAGAGUAUUGACAGUGGCUGGUUGUCAGCAUUGCAACUGGAAGCUAUCACAUAUGCAGCCCAGCAACAUGAAACAUUCCUGCCUAAUGGAGACAGGGCUGGCUUCUUGAUAGGUGAUGGUGCUGGCGUAGGGAAAGGAAGGACCAUAGCUGGAAUCAUAUAUGAAAACUACCUCUUGGGUAGAAAGAGGGCAGUAUGGUUUAGUGUUUCAAAUGAUCUGAAAUAUGAUGCAGAAAGAGACUUGCGAGACAUUGGAGCAAAAAAUAUUUUGGUUCAUUCACUAAACAAGUUCAAAUAUGGAAAAAUUUCUUCAAAACAUAAUGGAAGUGUGAAGAAAGGUGUCAUAUUUGCAACGUACUCUUCUCUUAUUGGAGAAAGUCAGUCUGGUGGCAAAUAUAAAACUAGACUUAAGCAGCUACUUCACUGGUGUGGAGAUGACUUCGAUGGAGUUAUUGUAUUUGAUGAAUGUCACAAAGCUAAAAAUCUUUGUCCUGUUGGCUCUUCAAAACCAACCAAGACAGGCUUGGCUGUUUUAGAGCUGCAGAAUAAACUUCCAAAGGCCAGAGUUGUUUAUGCUAGUGCCACAGGUGCAUCUGAGCCUCGCAAUAUGGCAUAUAUGAACCGUCUUGGGAUAUGGGGUGAAGGAACCCCAUUUCGGGAGUUCAGUGACUUUAUUCAAGCUGUUGAAAGAAGAGGUGUGGGUGCCAUGGAAAUAGUUGCUAUGGAUAUGAAGCUAAGAGGAAUGUACAUAGCAAGGCAGCUGAGCUUUUCAGGUGUGACCUUCAAAAUCGAUGAAGUUCACCUUUCUCAGCACUAUGUAAAAAUGUAUAACAAAUCUGUGAAAUUGUGGGUUAGCGCCAGAGAGAAAUUCCAGCAAGCUGCUGACCUCAUUGAUGCUGAACAGCGAAUGAAGAAAUCAAUGUGGGGUCAGUUUUGGUCGGCUCAUCAGAGAUUCUUCAAAUAUCUCUGCAUAGCAUCAAAAGUUAAAAGGGUGGUGCAGCUGGCUCGGGAAGAGAUAAAGAACGGCAAGUGUGUUGUUAUUGGGCUGCAGUCCACUGGGGAAGCAAGAACAUUGGAAGCCCUGGAGGAAGGCGGCGGUGAACUGAAUGACUUUGUGUCCACAGCUAAAGGGGUGUUUCAGUCUCUCAUUGAGAAGCAUUUCCCAGCACCUGACCGAAAGAAGCUGUUCAGUUUACUGGGAAUAGAUUUGUCUGCUCAAAGUAAUAACAACUCGCCUAGGGACAGUCCUUGCAAGGAGGACAAAGUAAAGAAACGCAAAGGUGAAGAAAUAACCAGGGAAGCCAAGAAAGCCCGUAAAACUGGCGGAUUGGCAGGGAGCAGUUCUGAUGAAAGUUACAGCGAGUCAGACAUCUCGGACAACGAUGAAAGCGACAACGAGAGCUCCAAGUUUUUAAGCUCUGGGGAUGACGACGACUUCAAUCCAUUUAGGGAUGAGUCUAGCGAGGAUGAUGAAGAUGACCCCUGGUUAAUUAGAAAAGAGCACAAGAAAAACAAGGAGAAGAAGAAAAAGAAAAGCAUAGACCCAGAUUCUAUUCAGAGUGCCUUACUAGCGUCAGGUCUGGGAUCCAAACGACCAAGUUCUCUCUCUUCCACGGUUGUUACCUCAUCAACUACUAAUACAUCUGCCAAUAGUAAUUCAAACAGCUACAUCACCAGUCAGGAUGCUGUUGAAAGAGCUCAGCAGAUGAAAAAAGAACUGCUUGAUAAACUGGAAAAACUAUCCGAAGACCUUCCUCCUAACACGCUGGAUGAGCUUAUAGAUGAAUUGGGUGGUCCUGAAAAUGUGGCAGAGAUGACAGGUCGCAAAGGGAGAGUUGUGAGCAACGAUGAUGGCAGCAUCUCUUACGAAUCACGGUCUGAGCUUGAUGUGCCUGUGGAAAUCCUGAAUAUUACAGAGAAGCAGAGAUUCAUGGAUGGAGAUAAGAAUAUUGCCAUCAUCUCAGAAGCAGCCAGCUCGGGCAUUUCAUUACAAGCAGAUCGCCGAGCCAAAAACCAGAGGCGAAGGGUGCACAUGACCUUGGAGUUGCCAUGGAGUGCAGAUAGGGCAAUUCAGCAAUUUGGUCGAACCCACAGGUCAAAUCAAGUUACUGCCCCAGAGUACGUCUUCCUAAUUUCUGAGCUAGCAGGAGAGCAAAGGUUUGCCUCUAUUGUGGCCAAACGACUGGAAAGCUUGGGAGCUCUCACUCACGGAGAUAGGCGAGCAACAGAAACAAGAGACCUCAGCAGGUUCAACUUUGACAACAAGUAUGGACGAAAUGCAUUGGAAAUAGUAAUGAAGUCCAUUGUAAACUUGGAUUCUCCGUUAGUGUCUCCACCUCCUGAUUAUCCAGGAGAAUUUUUUAAAGAUGUUCGACAAGGAUUAAUAGGUGUCGGUCUAAUAAAUGUAGAAGAUAGGUCGGGGAUUCUAACACUUGAUAAAGAUUACAACAAUAUAGGGAAAUUCCUAAACCGGAUUCUGGGUAUGGAAGUGCAUCAGCAGAAUGCGCUGUUUCAGUACUUCUCAGACACACUUAAUGGAGUAAUACAGAAUGCUAAAAAGAACGGAAGAUACGACAUGGGCAUUUUAGAUCUAGGUUCAGGAGAUGAAAAAGUGAGGAAAGCAGAUGCUAAAAAGUUUCUAACACCAGGCUAUUCUACCUCGGGACACGUAGAAUUGUAUACUAUAAGCGUGGAGAGGGGGAUGUCUUGGGAAGAAGCGACUAAGAUUUGGGCUGAGCAGACUGGACCAGAAGAUGGGUUCUAUUUAUCAUUACAGAUACGAAAUAAUAAGAAAACGGCCAUCCUUGUGAAGGAGGUGAAUCCCAAAAAGAAGCUUUUUCUAAUACACAGACCAAAUACUGGGAAACAGCUCAAAUUGGAAACCUAUGCAGAAAUAAAGAAAAAAUACAAAAAGGUACCUUCUGAAGAUGCCUUGGCCCACUGGCUAGAGCAGUACACGUCGUCAGCAGACACUUGCACCCAUGCUUAUUGGAGAGGCAACUGCAAGAAAGCAGGACUAGGCCUGGUUUGCGAAGUGGGCUUGCGCUGUCGGACGUAUUAUGUCCUCUGUGGUUCAGUCCUAAGUGUCUGGACAAAGGUGGAAGGAGUUCUAGCCUCUGUGAGUGGCACUAAUGUCAAAAUGCAGAUUGUUCGCCUAAGGACAGAGGAUGGACAGAGGAUUGUAGGCUUGAUCAUUCCUGCCAAUUGCGUGUCUCCCCUUGUAAAUCUCCUGUCGACCUCCGACCAGUCUCAGCAGCUUGCGGUGCAGCAGCAGCAGAUCUGGCAGCAGCAUCACCCACAGAGCAUAACCAACUUCAACAACGCAUGAGGAAAAGAGUCUUUGGUAUUUGAAAAACGUUUGUAAAGGCAUAUUCACAUUUUAAAAAAUAUCAGGGACAGAUUCCAAAGAAAUAACUUUCAGUUCCAUCAUUCUCUUAGAACUGUGCAGAAGUGAAGAGGCACCUUGAAGGGUGAUCAAACUGAAAGCCAACCAUUGCUUUACAGAGGUCCAUGUGUCUUUUUUUUUAAUUAUUAUUCUCUGUGCUCUCUGUAGUGCUUCCUGGUUUUUUACAUUGUUUUUGUCCCACUCAAGCUACAAAUCACAGCUUUUAUUUUUGAAGAGGCUUGAAAGUUCCCAGCCAAGCUGUCCACCAUUCUCCUCGUCAUCCAGCGCUCAGGGUUUAAUGCAAGUACAUCGGUGCCAUUGCUGCGGGAAAGGUCCUCGGAUGCAUGUAUUUUCAGUUCGUGUAUAGACAAUGAAUAUACAAUGGCAGGGGAAGUAUGUGCGCGCGCAGAGGUCUCUAAUUACAAAAAUAAUACAUUUAUUUUUAAAAAAUAAGCAUGGAAAUCGAGAAGUUUUGCAAACCACAUGUUCAGAUUUGUUCCCCGUUUCUGUUUCGGCUGUGCAUGUCUUCUGAUUGGGCAUGAGCAGCGUCUUGCACCAGAUGUCAGCUGGGAGAGAGAGACAAUCUCGCAGUGGCAUUGAAGAGUUGCUUUUCGAUUCAAAUAGUGUCUGCCCAGCUAUUGGAUUUUUAUGCUUUUCUCCUUGAGGUUAUAUAUUUGAAUCUGCAGCUUGUUUUUUUGUGUGUGAACAAACAUCUUAAAUUUUUAAAAGUUCAUUUUUUAAUGUAUUAAUGGUGUUCCUAAUGUGUGCUGCAAGGAUGGCUUUUAAAAAGCCUAAUUUCUUUCUUUUUGUGGUUCCCCCCCCCCUCCUAAAACGUUUCCUUUCAUCCAGCCAGGUUUCUGGUAACUCAAGUGCAAAUUCACUUCCAUUUCACAUGACGAGUCCUAUUUUUAUGUUGGUUUUUUUUGUUACUGAGUACUUUACUUGAGCUGUAAAUUAGACAUGGGUGGGGGGAUGGGGCACGCAAGGGUUCCGAUGUAUGUGCUGUUUUUUUCUGUUGCCCCUGUAACUUGAAUACUGUUUAUGUUGUAAGACAUUGUAGAGUUUAUCCUGGAGCUGUUAAAAUUGUAAAUGUACAAAAUGUGAAUAGUCACUUAUCUAUAAUAUGGGUAAGUUUUGUUUUGCCUAUAAUAGUAGAUGUUUAUAAGAAAGUGAAGGACAAUGUUUGUCAUUUCUUGCUUGCACAGGUUGCACUAUUGAAAAUUUGAGAUUGUAUAAACCUGUCCACGAAACUGCAAGAUACCAAAAAUCUUGUAGGUGUCAAAUUAAAAAAUCCUAUUGUUCUAAC